AUGUUGAUGGACGACGACGACGAGGACUUGAUCCUCUUUGAAUUUAUACGUCUUUAUCUACUGAGAUCCAAGAAUCGUUCCCGCCGGAGGCCUAAGCAUUAUCUUACACGACCAGAGCUACUACCCAAUCCCAGACUUAUUUCGGGAUGGCAAUCUAUUUACACCAGUUGCAAGGACCGCGCAUUUAUUCAUGUUCUAGGUAUAGAUGUGGCAACCUUUGAUUACCUCUUGGCCUCGGGCUUUUGCAAAGCUUGGAACAGCCGACCCAUCAAGCGAACCAACACAAACGAAGCCGGAGCAAGUCGCAUUGGUGCUUGCUCGCUUGAUGCAGCCGGAGGCCUGGGACUUUCACUUCAUUACCUUUGCAGCACAAUGGGCAAGUCCGCUCUACAGAUCAUCUUUGCCCUGACGCCCUUGACUGUCUCUUGGUACAUCAACUUUGCAUUCAAGAUACUUCUGAAGGUCUUGUGUGAGCUUCCAGAAGCUCGUAUUGAAUGGCCAAACGCUGAAACAAUGCAAGAAAACUCAAGACUCAUCAACGCAAAGCACGCCGACGCUCAGUACCUGGACGGUGCCUUCGGCUUCAUGGACGGAUUGAAUCUACCCGUGACAGCAAGCAGUAUUGAUAUCGAACAGAACGCAAACUACAACGGCUGGUUACAUUCACACGUAGUCAGCAAUGUGAUUGUCUUCUCUCCUGAUGGUACAAUAAUGUCUGUUGUUAUCAAUGCGCCUGGCAGCUGGCACAAUUCAAACGUUGCGCAGCCAAUUUAUUUGUUCUUAAGGGACAAUACACCAAGCGGCUUCUUUCUGUUAGCCAACAGCGCAUUCCCUAAGCUUGGAACCGGCAAGGCGCAGAAGAUCAAAGUCCCGCUGAAGUUGGGCGCUUGGAUUCAAGGAACUGACAAAGAACACCGCGGCCUUCAACCAACAUGA